CACUCCAGGUCCAGUUGGGUAGCCUUUUGUCUUUGGUCCUGGGACCCCUUCAGCUGUUCAUGUGAGAAAAGAGUGCCAGCGUGGGCGCGAUCUGGGAAAUCUGCCCUCUGAUGUUUGGAGCAAGCUGGGCUGACCUGGAGAAACCGAUUGGCAUUUGAACCUGCUGGGGCUUCUUUGACAUCAUUAAUAGGCUCAAUUUAGCCUUAUCUGAGGGUAUGGUAAGGCGAAGGCGAUCGUCCAUCACCGUCCUCUCCAUCUCUCUGUGCUUCACCCUGUCUCUCCUCUCCUAUACCCUUUAUGAGAGUGAGCCUAUAGGCGACCUUCCAGACCUCCAUCACCCUAUCCCAGCCAAUCUUAGCUCUCCCCCAUCUCUACGCCGAUCAGCCACUCUUUACGACACAAACUUCAGCUUCUAUCUAAACCUGUCCGAAUAUACCAGGUGGUACCCGGCCCUCCAGAAGUACAGGUGCCGAGCUGUUAUAGGCCUCUUUGGAUACUGCGAGACCCAGGAGCCAUUGAUCCUUCUGGCGGUGAAGUCCCAUCCGGCCAACAAACAGAGACGUGAAUCUCUCAGGAACACAUGGGCCAGAGAGAGAAAGCUGGGGGGAUAUCACUUAAAGCGGAUGUUUCUGGUGGCCAGUUCCGGGCUGAGGAGGGAGAUGGAGCGGCUGAUUGAGGAGGCUUCUACCCACAGGGACAUCAUUCUCUGGGACUUCAUAGAGAGCCACCAUAACUUGUCUCUGAAAGAACGAUGUUUUCUCGAGUGGCUAAACUACCAGUGUCCAGAGGCUACCUAUAUAUUUAAAGGUGAUGAUGAUGAAUUUGUGAACCCACAUGCCUUGGUGUCCUACAUUCACGCCUCUCCUCGGAAAUAUCGACUUCACAUCCAUGGCCAACAGCAAAUCCACGCACCUCCCGAGCGCUGGGGAAAGUACGCUGUGCCCAUCUCCGUCUAUCCCCAUGGCUACUACCCUGCAUUUGUCUCUGGUGGUGGUUUCCUCCUCCCGUCGGAGUUGGUGCCAUCUCUUCACUGGGCGGCGUCCAUUAUUCCUACCUUCCCACUGGACGAUGUCUUCUUCGGGUUCCUAGCUUUGGCGGCCAAGGUUCAUUUCCAUCAUGAGCCAAGGUUCCAUUCCUUUGGCCUGAAGAGUGACGACAACUGCCGAUAUGCAGAUGUUCUGGUUGCCCAUGGCCUAACUCCACAUCGACUUCUGGAAGUGUGGAAGGAACUACCGUAUUUGAAACCUUGUCCACCAGAACUAGACAAAAAUGAAGAGGAGGAGGAGGGAAAGAAAAAGAAGAAGAAAAAGAAAAUGAAAGACCAAUAGCCCCAAGUCCCACUUUUUUUUUUACUGCAGAGGAAACAGACUGGUAGUUCAUUCUUAUGUGUGUCACCUUAUGGAGGGCAGAGCCGCCUCUACAUGUGUCACCCUAUGGAGGGCAGACAGCCUCCUAGUUUCCUUCUGUCUGUUUCACCCUACCGAGGAAGGAGAACCUCAUAUUUCCCUUCUGUCUUUGUCACCCUACGGAGGGCAGAGAGCCUCAGAUUUUCCUUGUCUAUGUCACUCUACAGAGGAUGGACAGUCUCAUAGUUCCAAUCUGUCUGUGUCACCCUAUAGAG